AUUAAAAGAAAAAGAAAGAAAAAAAAAACAAUUUUGUUCGAAAGUAAACAAACGUAGCUGAGAUUCUUUGUUUGGUCAUUCAUUCAUUAAUUAGAACAACAAAUCUAUUCUCCGCGUUCUGCUUUCUUCGGUUUCAGUUUCAUGUUUUUUUUAUCAAAUCAAAUCUUCAAACCACCACCGAUCUCCAAAAAAAUUGAUCUUUCUUUCUGGGUUUCCUCCAAAAUCGAAUCUUUCUCAUCUGGGUUCAUUCAAUUUCUCUUUUCUUGUCUCAAUGUUAUGUCUUUUUUCUUCAAAAUGGGUUAUUUUUGUUACUACUAGUUCAUGUUCCUAUGGUGAUGGCUUUGAAUUUUUUUCAUAAAUAUGACUGGUUCGCAUUUGAAUAGAAACAUUUCCAUCAACAGAAGAUCUCACACUCAUUCUCAACAACCUAUUGCAAGUCCCAAACCCAAUUCCUCAAACCGUUUUGGAUGUGUUUCUCUCGGUCUCAGGUUUCAAGUUCUUGUUAUCAUUGCUUCUGUUAUUUCCUUCUUUAUAGCAAUUGGUGGUGGUUACAUCUAUGUUCUUCCUAGUAUUACACAUGCUUUUUUUAACGGACAAGGUUUUUUUUCUGAUCAUAACAAUAGUAGAUCGUUGUUGACAAAAUGUGAUGUUUUUGAUGGAAAAUGGGUUCAAGUAUCUGAUUACCCUUUGUAUAAUGCAACUGAGUGUCCUUUUGUUGAACAAGGAUUUGAUUGUUUAGGUAAUGGAAGGAGUGAUUUGGAUUUUCUUACAUGGAGAUGGAAACCUAAGAGUUGUGAUAUUCCUAUGUUUGAUGUUGGUGCUGUUUUGGAAAUGUUAAGGAGUAAAAGGGUUGUUUUUGUUGGUGAUUCAAUGAGUAGAACUCAAUGGGAGUCUUUGAUUUGUAUGUUGAUGACUGGUGUUGAGGAUAAGAUGAGUGUUUAUGAAGUUAAUCAGAAUCAGAUAACAAAGAGGAUUAGGUUUUUAGGAGUUAGGUUUAGUGCUUUCAAUUUUACCAUUGAAUUUUUUCGAUCGGUUUUCUUGGUACAGCAGGGUCAGGCUCCUGAACAUGCACCAAAGAGGGUUAAAUCAACGCUUUUAUUGGACAAGUUAGAUGAUAUAAGUCAUCAAUGGGUUAAUUCAGAUAUUCUUAUAUUCAAUACUGGUCAUUGGUGGGUGCCAUCUAAGCUUUUCCACAUGGGUACUUAUUUCCAGGUUGGAAACUCUCUGAAGCUCGGGAUGUCAAUUCCUUCUGCCUAUAAAAUAGCACUCCAAACUUGGACUUCAUGGGUUGAGAAAAAGAUUGAUAAAAAAAGAACACGCGUCUUUUUUAGGACUUUUGAACCAUCUCACUGGAGUGAUGAUACCCGUAGGACUUGCAAUGUAACACAGUUCCCCACAUUCGAAACUAAUGCAACGGACCAAAACUCAUUUUCAGACACAGUUUUGGAAGUUGUAAAGGAUGUUAAUUUUCCUAUAAAUGUUCUCCAUGUUACAUCUAUGUCGGCUCCUCGCAGUGAUGCACAUGUUGGUAACUGGAAUGAUAAUCCAUCUAGUCAGGAUUGCAGCCAUUGGUGUCUACCUGGAGUGCCUGAUAUGUGGAAUGAAAUUAUAUUGUCCCAACUUUUUACCGAAUAUGAAAUCCCUUUUUCGGCAAAUGGAACCACACAAUUAGAUGACUAACAUUCUUGGUAAUUACGAGGCUACCUCAAAAAAUUCAGAUUAAUCCGAAGAAGUAUGGAUCAGAUUUCAUACUGGUGCUAACACUAUAAAUAUGGAGCCAUCUCAUACUGCAAUUGUUGACCUCUGCCAUCUACAGUGGUUUUCUGCAACACUCAAGAUUGCACCAAAUUUUGUGAAUGUAAGCCCUGGAUAUAAAUUGAAAUUGUACCUAAUUGUCUGCAACAGAAAGUAAUUUUUUAAUUAAUUUUCCCAUUCUUUGUAUCCUGAAAAAGGUAUUGUCUGGGAUGUAACAAUUUUGUCAGCAUGUCAUGAUUUUUUGUUUUGGUCAUGGCAAUGCUAUAUUGUUCUCCAUAACAAAGAAAGAGGUGAAUAGUUAGAAAUAGCAAUAAUUCAAUUUAUAUUCUUGAGCCUGACUUGGUUAUAUUGUAUUUCUUUGUUUGAAUGAACUUGUGGUUAAAUGUCA